AUGGCCGUGAUCAGUACUCUUGUGGGGAUGAGGAUUCCGUACCUCGCCGAAUUUGCUAUAUUGGCGUUGAUAGCCUAUGGUGCUGCCUAUGUGCUGACAAUGCUAUACUUUGCCCAGAAGCACAAAUUCCUCGUGUCAGGACCUACCUUUGUGACACCACUUCUUGGUGGAUUGCUCAUGAUGAUUAAGGAUCCCUACACUUUUUGGGAAAAGCAACGUUUGUACAAUCCAAGUGGCUACAGCUGGCAGGCCAUUCUGACACAGUUUGUCGUCUUUGUCACACGCGCUGACUUGUGUCAUAAAAUAUUUGCCUCCAACAGUGAUACCACACUGACACUACAGCUGCACCCCAAUGGAAAAGUUAUCCUCGGGGACAAUAAUAUAGCGUUCCAGAGUGGCCCACAGCACAAGGCUCUUCGUGCCAGCUUUAUGAAUCUCUUUACUACGAAGGCACUUUCUCUGUACCUACCCAUUCAAGAGCGUAUCAUCCGUGAGUACAUGACAGAAUGGGUAGAGAAGUACCCUCACGGGGGCAAACCAGAGGAGAUGCGAUCACACAUACGCGACAUGAACUGUUUGACAUCCCAGACAGUUUUUCUCGGUGAGCAUCUCCACAAUCGUGAGGAGUUUACCCGAAAUUACAACACAAUAACGGUGGGAUUCCUCUCGGCCCCAAUAUAUUUUCCUGGCACGGCACUUUACAAAGCUGUUCACGCCCGUAAGAAGGCCAUGGGUGAGCUACAAGCUGCUGUGAGCCGGAGCAAGGCUCGCAUGUCUCAGCCGGGCGCUGAGGCCCAUUGUCUUCUUGAUUUCUGGACUGCAACAGUCCUAGAAACUGUGAAGAGUUGCGAAGAGGAGGGUGUUGAACCGCCAGCCUACACCUCGGACCAUGCAAUGGCAGAUACCAUGUUGGACUUCCUGUUUGCCUCACAGGAUGCGUCCACUGCGAGUCUAGCCAUGAUAACGGCAACAAUGGCCGAUCGUCCUGAUAUAUUGGAGCGCGUACGUAAAGAGCAAGACAAGCUGUGUGCAGGUGACGCACCGUUGACGUAUGAUUUGGUGCAAGAAAUGACUUUUACUCGCCAAUGUGUUCUGGAGCAGUUGCGUCUGUUCCCGCCUGCACCGAUGGUCCCCAUGAAGGCUCACUCUGACUUUACAAUUGAUGACAAAUUCACUGUACCCAAAGGCAGCCUCAUCAUACCGUCACUUGUUGGGAGUUGUCGUGAGGGUUUUACGAAGCCCGAUGUGUAUGAUCCAGAUCGCAUGGGCCCAGAGCGUCAAGAGGAUCGCAAAUUUGCUAAGCAGUUCAUUCCCUUUGGUGUUGGUCCCCACCGUUGUGUCGGCUAUAACUAUGCUAUUAACCACCUCACGGUCUACCUGGCGUUAAUUUCCCGCUGUACCGAGUGGGUGCGAACACGCACAGCAAACUCUGACAAGGUUCUCUACCUCCCCACUUUAUACCCACACGACUGUCUCUGUACGUGGGGGUGCCGUGCGAAUACGAAGACGACGAACGAAAAUGUGUAG